UUUCUGGUGGAUGAGAAGGAAUGGUGUUUUCUCCUGACAGGUGGUGUGGGUCUGGAUAACCCUCAUUUGAACCCCUGCACCUGGUUGAGGUGGAGCGCUUUAAAGGCCUGAGGAAAGAACUGGCUCGAUACCGGGAGGGCUGGAAAGAGGUUUACGAUAGCAAGGACCCCCAUCACACUGCUUUCCCUUCAGAGUGGCAAGAGAAACUAGGACAAUUUCAAAGGAUGCUAGUUAUAAGAUGCUUACGGCUAGACAAGAUUGUUCCCUUGGUUCAAGAGUUUGUGUCAGACAACUUGGGGCAGCAGUUCUUUGAGGUGCCACCCUUUAAUUUGGCCACGGCUUUCACCGACAGUCAUUGCUGCGCUCCACUCAUCUUUAUCCUGUCUCCAGGAUCGGACCCCAUGGCAGCACUGCUCAAAUUUGGUGAGGAACAGGGUUUCACAGGCAAUAGACUGACCUCCCUGUCUCUGGGACAAGGUCAGGGCGCCAUCACAAUGAGCAUGAUAGAGACUGGCGUCAAGGAGGGAACCUGGGUGGUUUUACAGAACUGCCACCUGGCCACUUCUUGGAUGUCCACCCUUGAGUAUAUUUGUGAAGCGCUGAAUCCAGAUACAACUCAUCCAGAUUUCCGCUUGUGGCUGAACCUCUCCCAACUUUCCUGUGGCUGUACUGCAAAACGGAGUCAAAAUGACCAAUGAGGCUCCCAAGGGGCUGCACAUCAUCCAUUCUUUCCACAUGGACCCCAUAUCUGACCCUGAGUUCUUUGACAGUACCUCAAAGCCGGCUGUCUUUAAGAAGCUGCUGUUCAGCCUGUGCUUCUUCCACACCUUGACCCAGGAGAGAAGAAAAUCUGGUCCUCUAGGCUGGAACAUCCCCCAUGAUUUCAACGAGACAGACCUCUGGAUCUCUGUCCAGCAGCUACUCAUGUUUUUGGGCCAGUAUGAGGUGAGAUCACACGUGUACCUUUCUCGUCUUUGUAUUCACACACAAGCAAAUCUUCUUUUACUGUUCUUGAAACACACACACAGUCUUCACGUCACCCUUUUUCUUUUCAUGCUUUCCAGCAUGCCCCUUAAACCACCCCUAAAAAAAGAGCGUUCUUGACAUUUUUCCAACUUCAGAGAAGCACUCCUCAUACUACCCUUCCUCCUUUCAAAAA